AUGGAAAAACUGAUUCGCGAGAGAAAAUCUCUAGAGCCACGUAUCAAACGUGUGGCUGAAACCGUGAAAGGACUAGAGACGCAAGCAGUGGACGAAAUCGAGGUACAAACCGAACUCGAAGUGCUCGGUGAUAUUUGGAUUGCGUAUGGUACAGUGCACAAAAGGAUUCUGGACAUAUGUGAAGAUGAAGAAAAAUACAUUGACGCUGUGCAAAACCAGUGUACUUUUGAAAAGGCCUACAUUGGGCUGAAGAAUCGCCUUGCGAAAGUGCUAAAAGCAGUGCAGAAUCGCGAUCGCAGUCAAGAAGAGCGAUCUCCGUCGCAGAGUGAAAUUAUUAAUCAGCUUGCACAGCAGCAAGCCGAACUACUCCGUGCAAUGUCGGGUAGAAUGGCUGCUGGUACGAGUACAUCCGUUGCUGUCGCUGAUAAUGUCCAUGCCCUCACACCGCUGUCCGAUCUCAAGUUGCCCCGCAUGAACCUCCCCCCUUUCUCCGGGGACUAUCUCGAGUGGCAGUCAUUCAUCGAUCUAUUCAAGAGCAUGGUUGACGGAAACCCAUCGCUCAGGGAUAGCCAAAAACUGUACUUUCUAAAAACCCAUCUUUCCGGAGAAGCUGCUACGCUCAUCUCCCAUCUGAAAAUUGAGGAUACGAAUUACGCUCCUGCUCUGGCAAAGCUCAAAGCCCGCUACGAUAAGCCACUCGAGAUAGCUCACAAGCACAUCGAACGCUUUCUCAACCAACAAGCCAUGACGAUACCGUCUGCUCAAGCGUUGCGUUCAUUGCAUGAUGUCUCCGACGAGGUUGUUCGUGCCCUUCAAGCCAUGCAACGAGAGGAUCGUGAUACUUGGUUGCUAUUCAUCCUGGUCCGAAAACUGGACUCAGAAACCAAACAGCUUUGGUAUCAAAAGGUUGCCGAUAUGGAGGAAACUGCCGUCACUCUGAAAGUGUUCCUCGCAUUUAUCGACUCGCGCAGCUUUGCUCUGCAAGCUGCACAGGCCCAGCCUAUCAAACAACGAACAUCAGCUACCAUCAGCAAGCCUUUCGUAAAACCGCAGUAUAAGGGAGCAACCGCUCUCGUCGCCACCAAUACAGUAUCGAACUGCGACGUCUGUGCAAAAUCUCCCCAUCCACUCUAUCAGUGCGGUAAGUUCAUCCACAUGAGCCCAGAGGAAAGGCUCGCUGCAGCAAGUGCCCACCGACUGUGCCGUAAUUGCCUAAAAAGGCAUGCGGGUGAAUCAUGCAAAUCGGGUAACUGUCGCAAAUGUGGUUCACACCAUCACACCCUUCUGCAUUUUGCCCUCACCCGUCAAGAUCCACAAAUUCCCUCCACAUCGAAUGCUGCUCACUCUAGUGGUGGUCCGGCUGCCCAAUCUUUGAUUUCGGCCCUUGAUUCCGCUGCUAAGUUUGACGCCUCCAAUGUUCUGCUAGCCACCGUGUCAAUUAAUGUCCUAGACAAAUAUGGACGCCCUCAUGCCUGCCGCGCCGUUCUGGAUUGCGCGUCACAAGUGAAUUUUAUCAGCCAGACUUUCUGUAGGGAACUUGAUCUCGACCUACUGGAAGCAGACAUGAAUCUAGAAGGCAUUUCAUCUACCCCCGCGCAUGCAAACAAAUGCGCGGAAAUCAUCGUGGCGUCCCGAUGCACGGACUAUCGUACAACGGUCCCCUGCAUGGUGCUCGAGAAAAUUACAAAUACGCUCCCAGUCAAACCUGCGAACACCGACGGUUGGCCUAUUCCGGGUUCGAUCACCCUGGCCGAUCCACUAUUUCAUCGCCCCGGUAAGAUUAGCGUACUUCUUGGCAUUGAACUAUUUUUCCAGCUUCUCGAGCCUGGAAAAAUCUCGCUAAGUUCUGACGAUAGCCUGCCUACCUUACAAAAUACCAAGUUAGGGUGGGUAGUUGCUGGUCGAUAUCGAGAUACUAUUCCACACAAGACGACCUCGACGUGCUUAUUGUCCACCACUGACGACAGCCUCAACCAACAACUAAAACGCUUUUGGGAACUGGAGGAAUAUACAGCCUUUUCACCUCAUCUUAGCGACGAAGAAAAACGAUGCGAAGAGCACUUCUACAAACACACCGUACGAGACGAUGAUGGUAAUUUCAUUGUGCGCUUACCGUAUCUACAUUCUCCGACUCUACUGGGUGAGUCAAGACUAAUAGCCGAAAGACGACUGAGCCACAUCGAGCGAAAGCUGCAGCGGAACACUCAUCUCAAACUUGAAUACCAUGCGUUUCUCCGUGAGUACCUCGACUCCGGUCAUAUGACACUCAUCGAGAAUCCUCCGCACGAUGCUAUCUAUCUACCUCACCAUUGUGUGGUAAAAGAAUCUAGUUCCACAACAAAAUAUCGUGUCGUCUAUGAUGCCGCAGCGAAGACCGCAAGCGACCUGUCUCUUAACGAUAUUCUUAUGGCAGGUCCGGUGCUACAGGACUCACUAGUGGACAUUCUUCUACGAUUUCGUUUUCCGCAAAUUGUGUUCACCGGUGAUAUUAAGCAAAUGUAUCGCAUGAUAAAAUUGGCAGACGAAGAUCAUUUAUUCAUCGUAUGGAGGUGGGACAGUGACCAGCCUGUGCAAGCGUAUCGGUUAAACACCGUCACCUAUGGGACGAAGAGUGCAUCGUAUUUGGCAACAAAAUGCCUGCAGCAGCUAUUGGAAUCACACAGACAGCAGUAUCCGACAGCGGUUGAGAAGGCAGAAAAGGGCACCUACGUCGAUGACGUGCUGAUAGGAGCUGACUCCGAAGAAGAAGCAGUUUUACUACGACAACAAGUGACCAACAUUUUCGCCUCUGGUGGCUUCCACCUGCGGAAGUGGGCGUCAAAUAGUGCAACAGUUUUACAAGACAUUCCCGUCGAAGAUAUCGAAAUGCAGCUACCCAUCGAACUCAACAAUACCCACACCAUAAAGGCGCUCGGCAUCCACUGGCAGCCGUGCAGCGACGUGUUCCAGUUUUUCAAUUCAACGAAUAAGAUCUUUCAGCCCACAAAACGGACCAUGCUCUCGCAAAUCGCCAGCAUCUUCGAUCCGCUAGGCUUACUAGCUCCGAUCGUCAUCAAAGCGAAGAUGGUCAUGCAGCAAUUGUGGGAACUGAAGGUGGACUGGGACGAAACUCCCCCGGGUGAGUUGAUUCAAAGUUGGUUAGUAUUUGUGCAAAACCUUUCCGAUUUACACUCGUUACAGGUACCACGUCGUGUGAUUGGCAUCCAACAUGCCUCUCGCAUCUAUCUGCACGGCUACAGUGAUGCUUCCGAAAGAGCGAUGGGUGCUUGCGUCUACAUUCGGGCUAUAGAUAAGUGCGGCAAUACAUCAUCGCAUUUGCUGUGUGCGAAAUCCAAAACGGCGCCGAUUGGGAAUGGACGAACAACGUUACCCCGAUUAGAGUUGUGUGCGGCGGUGAUUUUGGCUCGACUAAUAGCGAAUGUGACGAAGGCAAAUCCUAUACCUUUCCACGAGGUUCGAGCUUUUUCGGAUUCAACGGUUGCACUGGCAUGGAUCCAUGGCGGCGCUUCAAGGUGGAAAACAUUUGUCGCCAACCGAGUGGCCGAGAUCACCACGCUCCUACCGGCAAUCAACUGGCAUCACGUAGACACACACAACAACCCAGCCGAUGUGAUCUCACGUGGUGCUCUGCCAGAGCAAUUGAUCAAUAAUUCGCUUUGGUGGCAUGGCCCAAGCUGGAGCGAAUCAUCCUCUACCGACGAAACUACCUCUACACUCGACGUCACCCAGCAGCGACAGGUUGAAAGGGAACAACGAUCGACUGCAGUGGCAUAUUUGGUUGUGUACGAAAACCAAUUUCUUGAUGAUAUGCUAUCUCGAUACUACCCGAAUCUCACACUUCUACUACGCAUCACAGCGCGAAUGCUACGAUUUCCCCAUCGAGAGCAGAGAGUAACCAAUCGUCUAACACCACAAGAGAUCAAUAGCGCCAUGCAAGUCUACGUACGCCAUGUACAGAGCCAGCAUUACCAGAAGGAAAUCAAUCAGCUACAACGCAAUGGAGAAGUAAAUCUCAGCAGCUCACUUCGCCAGCUAAAACCAUAUCUGGACGAACACCAUCUCCUCAGGGUGGGCGGUAGGCUGCAGCUCUCGGAGCUCAGCUACGGUAUGAAACAUCCUAUCUUGCUGCCGCGCAACUCACUUCUCACCGCACUCAUUCUCCAUCACGAGCACCACGAGCAGCUUCACUGUGGACCGCAAUCAUUGCUCACUGCUGUACGACGACGUUUUUGGAUUGUUGGAGGAACGAGUGCUGCCCGAAAGACUUGUCGAGCCUGCGUCGAAUGUGUGCGUGCGAAGCCAGCACCCUUGCAUCAACUAAUGGGACAGAUACCUAGCGAUCGUCUGACACCGAAUCCCCCCUUUUCCAUCACCGGUAUUGAUUAUGCCGGGCCUAUCACUAUCAUCAGUCGGCGCACUCGUGGCGCUACAUCUAGCAAAGGCUACAUCGCACUGUUCGUGUGCCUUUGCACCCGCGCCGUGCAUCUAGAAGCAGUUUCGGAUCUCAGCACAUCCGCAUUCAUCGCUGCUUUCACACGCUUUAGCAGCCGAUAUGGGUUGCCAAGCAGACUCUACUCGGACAACGCUACCAACCUUCGGGGAGCUGCCCGAAAAUUCCGUGAGCUGUACCAACACAUCGACGAAGCCGAGCAAGACGAUACGGUGGUAGACUUCUUCUCCAACAAAGGAAUUGAGUGGAAGUUCAUUCCUGCACGAUCGCCGCACCACGGUGGCCUCUGGGAGGCAGGAAUAAGGGUGACGAAGGGGUUCCUGAGCAAAAUCGGUGGCGAUGCUCGAUUCACUUUCGAAGAGUUGAGUACCGUCCUCGCUCAAGUGUCGGCCUGUAUGAACUCCCGGCCAAUCUCUCCACUCUCCAGUGACCCGAGCGAUCCUCAACCUCUCACAACGGCUCAUUUUCUCAUCGGUCGCCCGCUACGUGCCGUGCCCGAGAUCAAUCAGUUGGAACGCAACAUCGGAUCCCUAACCAGAUGGGAACACGUACAACGCAUCGUGCAACAGUUUCGUGUUCGGUGGCAGAACGAAUAUGUUCUUUCUCUUCAACGUAUGGCAAAGUGGAAUAAAGCAGAUGACUACGUGCCAGGACGAAAUGGAGCGGAAAUUCCAAGAUGUAAUUUGGUGGGCGGUUUAUGUCGUGGCAGAAUUUAA